CCGUGGUACUGGAGUACAAAAUCCAAGUGACGAUCCACCGCUUCCAUAUAAGAACCAAACUUUCUUCUUCUCUUCUUCUACCAGUUCUCCUGCUCAACCUCAUAUCAAAGUUAGGCAAAUUGGCAGACCACCACGCUCUUUUUCUGAGUGGUUUGACAGCUUCACUCCUUGUCCAUUGCCCUUUCUCCAUAUAAGUCUACAUCUAUAUUUUCUAUAUUUUUCCCUGCGCCGGCGCAGCCUCCUGAUCAACACACGCCCUAGGCUAAUACAGGCAACAGUAGGUCAAUUCCUCGCAAGGCUGGCCAGCGUGACACCUACUGAAACCCUUCACUCUAUACAACCCACUCUAAUACGCCUCCCCAAGUUAAUUGCCGUUCUCUACCCAUAUUCAAUAUAAUAUUUUGUUUUGAUUCACGACUGUUUCCACAUGCUUAUGCCUAUUCCUACUGUUCUUGCCCCUCUAAUACACACCACCAAUCCUCACUUGUGAACUCCUUUUACACCAGUGAACUCCCUCUAGCCCUCCGUUGCCAUCACCUCCUGGCUUCUCCUCUUCCCAUCCCCAUAUUCCUUGCAUAACUUCCUUGACGGCGCACGGAGUGAUUUUUCUACCCACAUAAAAAGUGCGAACAGCCCUCUCUCUUUCUUUGCAGCCCCCGGGGAGCUCCUUUUAUCUGAGGAAAAACGGAAGACUGAGAUGCCGAAACAGACCCCAGCGCGAUCAUUGAAAAAAUCUGGUCCAUAUCCUUCUCCGAAGCGAAGGCGAGCGCUAUCCUCUCAAACCAGAGUAGGAAUAGCAGCCUCUCCAUCAGUCCCAGAACCUAAGCCUGAGCCUAAACCAGUCAUACCGGCAGCUAUGAAUACCAGCCGAAUGGCGACGGGUGCCUCCUCUACCAUGGCACCCCAGGCAGCAAAUCCUUGGCAGAGAACAGCAACCCCUGUAUACUCUAUGCCCCCUCCCCUCUCGUAUACACAGCGGCUAUCAAUGCCUGAGAGGCUGCCUAUCCACCCACCUCCGAGCCCUGGAAACCCCGGCCACCUUCCGAGUGCAUCAACCCCUUGGUCCGCGCAGGAUGAUGAGAUUUUGCUAGCCGCACGAGCCCAAGCCCAUGGCUGGAACCAGAUUCAACGGGAUAACUUUCCCACAAAGUCGUCAAAUGCAUGUCGCAAGCGCUAUGAGCGACUGAUUGCCAAACGUCGUGGCUCGGACUGGAAUGACGAACGAGUUGACAAAGUCGCCAGCUACUACAUGCAAUUGCGGGAAAAGACAUGGCAGCCCUUGGCCGAGGCUGUGGGUGAGGACUGGAGGGAUGUGGAAAAAUUGUGCCUUGAGCGGGGUGCAAGGACCCUUCUCCCAUCGCUGGGACAGCGUGACCUAGUGCAGGGCGCUUCGGAACCAGCCAGUCGUCGUGGCAGCCAUGAUAGCCACGACGACGAAAAGCUGAGCAUACACAACCUCUUACACUAA